AUGAAGUCCACCAUCGCUAUUCUCUCUGCCACCAUGGCCGCUGCUGUCCUGGCUCAUCCUCUGGAUGCUCGUAGCCAGCAGUGCAACGUCGCUCCCUCGGCCGCCACCAACGCCAAGAUCAAGCCCAUUUCUCAGCCCAGCGCUGCCACCGCCGACGCUUGCCUGGAGGCCUGCCUUAGCAACCCUGCUUGCAAGAGCUUUAUCUUUGGUCUCCCUGCCAAUGUCGACGUCCCCGUCUGCGAGCUCUUCAGCGUUCCCGCCGCUCAGGUCCCCAGCCAGGGUAGCGAGCUGUACGUCUUUGACAAGGCUUGCUCUGAGAACGCUGUCCCCAAUACCGCUCCUACCCACGCCCAGCCCCGUGGUCAGAUCAGCCGCAAGCGUUCUACCCGUAGCCUUGUCUGCAACGCUGCCCCCUCCGGCCCUGCCGACAGCAGCAUCCAGCCUAUCGCCACCCCGACUGUGAAAACUGCCGAGGAGUGCCAGGAAAAGUGUGUCGCUGAGGCCAAGUGCCAGAGCUUCCUGUUCGGUCUUCCUGCCGAUGCCUCUACCCCUCUGUGCAAGCUGUUCGAGGUCCCUCCCGCCAAGGUCCCUGUUCGCGAUGACGAGCUCUACGUCUUUGCCAAGGGCUGCGCUGCAUCCGAGGUUCCUACCGCUGCUCCUACUCACGAUGAGCCCCGAGGAGAGGCUCCUUCUGGAAACAAUGCGGGCAAGGAUAGCGCCAAGACUAGUGACUCCAAGAACAGCGGCUCUGACUCCAACACCAAGAACAGCGCCAAGGCUGCCACUGGCAACACUGCCGCCAAGGGCAACAAGAAGCAGAACUAA